AUGCAUAACAACUUUCAGGGAUGUGAUGCUUCGGUUCUUCUAGACUACGAAGGAUCAGAGAGAAGAUUUCCCGCGAGCAAAACCCUAAGAGGCUUCGAGCUAAUCGAAGAUAUCAAGUCCGAAAUGGAAAAAGCCUACCCCAAAUUAGUCUCAUGUGCCGACAUCCUUACAGCAGCUAGCCGCUCAGCCACCUACCAACUCGGCGGUCCUUACUGGCCCAACGCCUACGGACGUCGUGACUCUAAAAACUCUUACGCUAGAGACGUUGAGAAAGUCCCUUCAGGCCGCCGUGACAUCACUGGCCUUCUGGAGACGUUUCAGUCUUACGGACUCAACGUCCUCGACCUUGUCAUCCUUUCUGGGGCCCACACCAUCGGAAAAGCCUACUGCGGAACCAUCCAGUCGAGGCUUUACAACUUCAACGCAACACAUGGAACUGAUCCGUCCAUCGAUCCCUCUUUUGAUAUGGCUUGGUAA